UCGAGCUCCAGCAAAGGCAUGUUGGAGUGCAUCAAUGCCUUGACUGAAAUAGCAACAGCUUUUAUCAGAGAUGGGGACACUGCUGCUUCCAUAGAAAAAAAGCCUGAUGAUCUGAAGGAUGCAGUUGACAAAUACAGAGAUUGGAUUCAGUUACGGUACACUGACAUCAUCUCAAAGUUUAUUGAAAAUUUGCACCAUAAAAAAUUUGCCAUCGCGGAGAGAGCCCUCAUGAGUCUCCUUACACUGAUUAAAGAACAAGCAUAUGCUGAUGAAGAAUUCCCGUGGGCUACUUAUCAGGAAGUUUUGAACGCGCUCCUGUCACCCACAGUAAACUGCCGCAAUCUCAUCAAAGUUCUGCAGGAUGUGCUCCAGCAUGAAGAUCUUGCCUUCUAUACAUUCAAGGUCGUGAGCUCAAUGGUGACUGACGAGACCGAGGAUUGCUCGAUGGUGUACAAAGCUAACCUGGUGACGCUGCUGCUGCAGCUCGACCUCCCCGGCAGGAGCAGAACUCUGGAACCCCCGCCGUUGUUUUGCUCUCGUCGUCCUGAGAUGGCAGAACCAAAGAAGAGGGUGCAAAAGGUAAGCAAGGAGACAAAAUCUUCCAUUCGAAAGAACAAAAAGAAGGAAAAGGAAAAAGCUGCAGCGAAGCUCCAUAAAAAGCAGCAAAAGAGCAAAUAUGAGGAAGUAAUAAAGCAAACAAUUUACGGCGAUGAAGAAAAAGAAACCAGUGCUGAACUUCCAGAUGACGUGGAGAAUUUAGACGAAGAAGCACCGGAAGUAGGUUACGAUGCUGGACAUGAACUGGCACUGGACGAGGACGAGCGUCAGAGGAAGAGGGAUGACGAAGAGUUCAAAUCUGCACAGAAGGUUAAGAAGCCAAGAAAACCACGAUGGGGAAUCGAAGAUAUUGUUAACCAUCCUCCUGCAGACUUUGAAGACCCGAACUACGAACCCAUCGGCGAUCGCAAGAAAGUAAAGAUCAAUCGCAGUGAAAAAUUAUUGCCUUUUGAUCUGAACGAGCAGAGUACCUUGAAGGAUAUUCUAGACGCCAUGUCUGACGAAGACAGUGGUGAGGAUGACGACGAAGAUGACUCGGAAGGAGGUCCCGUGUUCAUCUACAACCACGACCGAGGCCGCCAAUACCUCACCAAGAUCUGGGAGACCGUCAUGAGCUACACGCUUAACGAGGAGCUCUACAAACGCUGCCUCGUCUUCAUACCUGAGAAGGUCAUGAAGUAUUUGUUGGACCCCAUCAAACUGACGGACUUCUUCAUGACGAGCUACAACUUGGGAGGUGGUGUAAGUCUGAUGGCGAUGCAUGGAGUCUUCUUGCUAAUGAACAAACAUAAUCUGCAUUAUCCGGACUUCUACAACAAAGUAUGCAGUCUGUUGGAGCCUAGCGUAUUCAACGCUCGAUACAAGCCCCGCUUCUUCAUGCUACUUAACGUGUUCCUGUCGUCAUCACAUCUGCCGGAGUACAUGGUCGCUGCUUUCGUCAAGCGCCUGUCACGACUCCUGCUCUUCGCCCCUGCCAACUGCUCAGUGCUGGUCGUGAGGUGCAUCAUUAAUGUGCUGGCGCGCUUCCCCAGCCUCAAGAUAAUGUACGACGAUGAGCAGGAGACGCCCGUAGCUUGUGAUCCUUAUGAUGUCUUCCAAGCCGACCUUAUGCAAACCAAAGCCAACAUGAGCAGCCUGUGGGAAGUGGCUACCGUUAGCCACAAAGCUCCUGAAAAGUUGUACAAAGCGGCGAGCUUUGUCAAGCGACCCGGUGACCUGGAGGAAGCUCCCCUCAACAGUUAUCUUGAGGUCGAAUAUGACGAGUUGGACACUAUGGAUGCUGAUGCCAUCGAGAAGAUAACCAAAGUCGCCACAAACUUCAAGCCUGUUCAAGGACUUUUCAGUGAUCCGACUAGUAAUUUAAACGUUUUUCUUAAAUAAAUAAUUACACCGGA